AUAACCCGACUCAAACAUACAGGGGUCUUGUGUUGAUGCUUAGUUUGCAUAACUCUGGAUCUUACGGAUAAUUUUGAGGUCCAGUAAAAACUCCAUAAAUCAAUUGUGUUUAGAACACACACUAGACGGUAAAUCAAUUGUUUUUUGUCAGGCUGCUCGUCAUGUUUUACGGUGUUAUGUUAAUCCUAAGCAGACGAAUUGGUAGAAAAUAAUUGUGGUUAAGGUGAGCAAAUAAUACUCCGGCAAUCCGCUCCCGCCGUUUCCUCUCACUUGCUCGCUCUUACAUGGAUUCGCCCUCCUCCUGGGAUUCCCUGCGAAAGCAGGCAAGGAAACUUGAAGCACAGCUCGAUGAACAGAUGCAUUUUUAUCGCAGAUUAGUUAGCAAAAAAAUUGACGGUUCCAAUGAUAACAAUCUUGAAAAGGGAAUAGACCAGCUGCUUAAAGAUCUACAACAAGUCAAUUCUCAAAUGCAAGCUUGGGUUUCAUCUGGAGGAGCUGAAAUAUUUUCUCACACAUUAACUCGCCACCAAGAGAUCCUUCAGGAUCUUACUCAGGAAUUUAAACGUCUUCGUUCCAGCUACAGAGCCAAGAAAGAACAUGCCUCAUUACUUGAUGAAUUUAGGGAAUUUGAUCGGACAAGAUUAGAUCUGGAAGAUGGUGGUGACUCUUAUGAUCAUGCACUCCUCAGUGAACAUGCUUCCAUUCAUAGAAGUACUGGGCAGAUGGAUGGUGUGAUUUCUCAAGCACAAGAAGCUUUCAAGACACUUGUGUCUCAACGAUCAACAUUUGGUGGCAUUAAUUCAAAGCUCAGCAAUGUUACCAGUCGACUUCCGACGGUUAAUCAUAUUAUUUCCUCGAUAAAGAAAAGAAAGUCCAUGGACACGAUUGUCCUCUCGCUAGUUGCGUCGAUGUGUGUGUUUCUUAUCCUGAUCUACUGGUUGACAAAAUGAAAAGUUGCCAGUUUUCCAAAAUGAGAGCACCCCCUGGAUCAGAUGUAUGAUUUGUAUAUUCCGAGUCACAGAAUUUACAACAAUUGUAAAUUCCGAGUCACAGAAUUUACAAUUCCUGCCUUCACCCAUUUUUAUUCAAUUGGUGUAUGUGGAAGAUGGAGUGUAUUUACUAUGAUGUAUAGAUGAAAAGAUGUAUUUGAAAGAUGCAGAAAGAAACGUGAACAAUGGACUAGUGAUUCACUGAUUCUUAUAGGAACUCAAGUUCGUGUUACAAUUUUGAUUGGAUGGAAUUAUGGGAAUUUGAUGCUC